UCUCUGUCUCGUUGGUCGGACGGUCGUCAUUCGUUAGUAUACUCUCGCGAGGUUCGGUUUCGUUUGGUAGACUCUCUUUCGCUCGAAACUUGUCAGCUGACGUCUUGGUGUGGUGGUUGUCGUCGUCGCGGGACCUGCUCCGAACUGCCAGAGGGACACGCGUGACCGUAGAGAAGAGAACCGAAAAACGCCUUCGCGGUCUAAAUUUAUCUUCCCCUUCUCGUGAAAAGCGGAGGCCACCGCCAACAUCGCCCAUGCAUCGCCAAACAGUCGAAUCGGAUCCCAAUGGCGAGGAGGACAAAAGUACGAUCUUAGCAGCAGCAGCAGUGACAGCAGAAGUGAUGCACAGCCACGAGAACAGUCGGAACCUGAAGCAGGUCAUCCAGCGAUGGACAACGUCCGAACGGUUGUGCUACUCGAUCGAGUUGAUUCCGCGCGAGGACUUCCACCUCGACCUCGGUCGACUGGCGCCUGUUUUUUGCUCGCUGCCCUGGAUCUCCGACAAUAAUCUGCAGUACCAGCGCUUCGCUGACACACCGAUGCUCAAGAUGACCGCCAAAAUAGUGCCUCACUGUUCCGCGGUUCCUCAUCUGUCCUGUUACAACAUCACCGAGACGCAGGUGGACAAGUUCGUCGACAUGGGCAACUGGAACCUGUUCGUGAUCCGCGGCGACACCGUCAGCGAGGGUCAACGAUUCCAGCACUCGUGCGACCUGGUCGAGUACCUGCGGGCGAAAAAUAAUCCCGACCUGACCAUCGGCGUCGGAGGCUACCCGUACGGCCAUCCGGAGUCACCGUCCGUGGACUAUGACGUCAAAUAUCUGAAGCAAAAGGUUGACCUCGGCGUCGACUUCAUCGUGACACAAACGCUGUACGACGCCGCCUCCUUCCUAGCGUACGUGGACGAGUGCCGCCGGGCGGGCAUCACCGUGCCGAUCGUGCCCGGGCUAUUUCUGCCCGGCAGUCCCGACCAGCUGGAAACUGUGCUGGCCCUGACGCGGGUCAACCCUCCGGCCGGGGUGCGCGAGCUGCUCCAGUCGCACGCCCACGACGAACCGGACCAGUUCGAAGCGUUCGUGGUGAAGCACUUUGCCGAGCUGAUCCGGACGCUGCGGCGGGAACGACCCGACGAGGUUCGGCUGGUGCACUUUUUCACCUUCAACCGGUUGGAUUUGCUCAAAAAAGUGCUGGACGCCAUUGCGGACUUGUUGUAGGGUGCGGGCGGUGGGGACGCGAGAUUCCAAAGAUCGCAGUGCAGUACCAGAAUGCGAAUGUAAAGGAUCGUUCGGUAGUUUUAGUGGCAGUCCAAAACAUCGGCGCACAUCCGUUGACAUACUGUUUCUGUUUUUAUUUAGAGAAGUGUUACAACAACUCAGUGUUUGUUUUUUUUUCAGUUUAGAUCGUUGCAUAUAGGAUGAAACAAUUUAUAUCAUCUUUCCAAACAAUUUCACAUGAAUAGCCAAUAAAGUUUUAAAACUA